CGUUGAGGUAGUUGGCUAACUAUACAGACGUGUUUUUUCAUUGCACUAACGCCGUUAUAUAAUGCGAAGGUCUAUGAACAUGUGGCUGCCCCAUUUGGGGCUGACACAGAAAGAUAGGCUGAUCAUACUGAACAACCAGGGUGUAAGCAUCCCCAUUAUUGAUGCUGUGCAGUCCAUACUGCGCAAGCAAUUCAACGUGGAAGGCUUGCAGCCUGCGAUAAUAGGAGAGGCUGGCUCCUUCACCCCCGUCUCUGGCCCGUCACUGCAGAUACAUCCGGAUACAGAUGACGAACACUUCUUUGUGUCCUGCUUUCGAGAUGGGCAGGUGCAAAUAGCAGACAGCGACGGAUGGCGGCUUACUCUCUCUGGCAGCAGGCAACUACAAGAUCUGUAUCAGGCUGUUGUCCCAAAAGACCUGCUGGCAAAUCUUAACAUCCUGGACGUGGAGCAACAGAGGCCAGACUCAGGGAACUGCGGGAUAUAUUCUGUUGCGAAUGCUGUGGAAUUCCUCUGCACCGGCGACUUUCCCAGGCGCAAAUUCAAAAAGCGAAAGCUAAGACAACAUCUCAUACAGUGCCUGGAUGAUGGGGAAUUUUCACCAUUUCCCAAAAGAAGCCGCCAGAACAACCAGAGGAACCGCAAUCCGGCAGUUGAUAGCAGCAGUCUAGAAACUGGAAAAACGCCACCUAUUCCAGAAUCUAGAAAAAGAAAGGGCCCUGAAGAGAAUGGCAACAACAAAAGGGGGAAACUUGAUGAAGCCAUCUAAUGUGAAUGGACUACAACAUAGACUGUCCCUCACUUAACACCUAAAUCAACUUGUCCAGGCCUCAGAAUUCUAUCUACUGAGAACCCAAUGUCCGUCCAUAUAACAUCUAGGACAGGAUACUGGACAAGUAAUCCAUUCACACAUCUGUUAUGAUCCUGGGAUACUGGAUGAGUAAUCCAUUCACACAUCUGUUAUGAUCCUGGGAUACUGGAUGAGUAAUCCAUUCACACAUCUGUUAUGAUCCAAUAAUCCAUUCACACAUCUGUUAUGAUCUGCUGACGGCCAGAGGAAUGGAGUAACUGAGCAGAGAAGUGUAUGGAGCAAGGAGAUAAAGCUGGGAAAAAAGUGACCUUACAAAGACUGUGACAAGACAGCAGUACAACAAAGCAUUCUGCUCAAGUUCUAUCCAGAAAACCUGCACAAGAUUGGUUCAUAGCAUCCUGUUCCAGUUCUAUCCAGAAAACCUGCACAAGAUUGGUUCAUAGCAUCCUGUUCCAGUGCCAUCCACAAAACCUGCUCCAGUAUUCUUCACAGUAUUCUGCUCCAGUGCUCUCCAUUUGUAAAUAUACUAAUAAAAGUUUAAAAUAUAAUAAAUGAAAAA